AUGGCCACAACCCCAUUCACCCUGGACAUCCCGACAGUCCUUUGCAUCCUCUUCUCCCUCUCCUUUAUGCCAAUCGCCUACAUCCUCUCCAACCAACUCGUCCCCCGCUCCUCAAAGCGCAAUCGCCUUCUCUUCCUCUGGCACGCCUACGAUGCCCUAACCCACAUCUUCAUCGAAGGCUCCUUCCUCUACGAAUGCUUCUUCAGCUGGACAAGCGUAGCAGGAAUGCACGCUAGAGGCCCCUACUUCCUCAACCGACCAGACCGCAUCUACGGCCCCGCCUACGGUACAGGCCCCUCAGCGCGUCUAUGGCAAGAAUACGCAAAAGCCGAUCGUCGCUGGGCAGGCACAGAUACCACAGUCGUCAGCCUGGAACUCCUCACUGUUCUUCUCGGAGGUCCUGCAGCUGUAUACAUCUGCUACCUAAUUGUUAAAGCAGGCAAUGGGAAGGCUGGAUCUACGCGUGGAAAUGCACGAGCUAUGCAGUGGUUUAUUUCUACUAUUUUGGCUACUGCUGAGCUUUAUGGAGGAUUUAUGACCUUUGCGCCGGAGUGGUUGACUGGUUCCUCGCAGCUUGCGACAGAUGAUAUGGUUUAUUUGUGGCUGUAUCUUUUCUUCUUCAAUACCCUUUGGGUGUUUGUGCCUGCUUGGGUUCUUUGGGAGGCUAAGAAGGAGUUUAAGGCUGCUUUUGUUGCGAAGGAGUCUGUUUCUCCUGAGCGGUCGGAGCGGUCUGAUACUGACCGUCGGAAGAGACAUUAG